UUAAAAUCACUUCUGCUUUUACAAUUAUUAUCAGUGGAAGGCUGCAGAUAGCAAUAUUCCAGCAUGUGUCUGUGCGGGUGCGUGUGCAUGUGAGUGAUGUGGUGGGUGUGAGUGUGGGUGUGGGUUUGUGUACCAAAUGCCUCGGUUGUAGGGUAUAGUUAUGCCAAAAUAGUGUUGAGUCUGGUGCCAACGGACUUGACUCCUUGAAGGUGUAUUGUUGUACCUGCCACCUUGGUGAGUUUCAGGGUUCCCAUACUUUCUAUUUGAAGUAUACACGGACUGGUACGGCCUCACAGCUGAAUGUGGCGAGUGGAUCCAGUCCAUCUCGGAUGCCAUUGUUGCACGGCGCUUGCAACUUGAUACGACAGUCAAGUUGGACAGUCUGUGAGCGACUUUUGCCAGUCAGUGCGGACUUCGUUGGCACAAAUGCGGGGAAGAGCGUCUGAAGCCCACCUGUGAACAAUUGGGUGCUGUGUGUCGUUAAACGCGUCAUCGUUGGUUUGCCAGCCGAGGCGGACUUGAAUUGCACAAUUGUUCUCCCAGCUUUGGUGAGGCUCCAGUUUCCAAGACAGAUUGUACCUCGCCCACCUGAUUGCAGCCAAUGUCAGCUCCACUUUCACACCUGCAAUCGUUGUUUCCGGAGCAAAGCGGGGCCUGCCGGCGCAACUCUAACCGCAGAUCAUGCAGUUCUCUUUCUAAACACCGCACAAUCUCGUGCCUGACCUGUUCUCUGAAGUUCACAUGUCCCCGGUUGUUGUCGCCACUCAUGUUGUCGCCACUCACCUGUUCUGUAAUUGUUUCAAGACAGCCUCUUGAAUGAUUCUCGUUUUGACCUUACCUUGUCUGUUUAUUUAUUCAUCUUCCUCUGUCUCUGAGUCACAUUGCUGCGAGCGCGCACGUGGAGAUGCUCCAGUUUUCAGCCAUGCUAUUGUUCUACUGACGCUGAUAAUUGGAAUCAUAAUUCUCUCCUUCUGUCUAGUCGUGUUCUACUCUGCUUCUCUGUCUCUCUUCUAUUCUGUUUCUGCUUCGAACGUGUAGUUGUUUGAGCUGCUCUCAUGAUAAUUUAUUUGUAUUUUUGAAACCCUUUGUACCCGCGAUCAUGCGCUUGUACAACUGUGCUGUGCUGUAUGACUGAGCUAUGACUAUGAGUCAUGCUCGCACUAGCUAUGAUGCCUUUUGUGUCACGUGUCCGUGUAUGUCGUGGCGCAAGCGCGCUGUGCCUUUGCUGGCCCUUUUUUGCUUCCUUUUGCAGUUUUGGUUUUAGAGUUAUGCCGGUUAUGGUUGAAGUGUGUUUGCAAGGAGAAAUCCAGAACGUCUAGUAAUGGUGUGUUGUCCCAUUUGCGUUCGGAGAGUGUGCCUGUGCACGUGUAUCGGAAUUUGAAUUCUUGCCUGGAACAUUUGGUCCUUCGAGCCUUACUUCGACUCAACCUUGUAGCUUCAGUACAGUCUUCUUUCGUAGUGUCAAUUUGUUUUGUUUGUGAUUGUCAAUUUAGUCCGGCCGCAGUUUCAGUAACUGUCAGUCUAGCAGUAGUGUCAUAAUGUCUUACCAGGUGCUGCGUGCGUCGUCCAGCUCAGCAACCCGCCGGCGACUGCUUCAAGCGCAGGCUCAGCUAGAAGCAGUGAAGAAACUUCAGGCGCUCGAGGAGCAGGAGCUGGCCCGCAAAAAGACGCUGGUCGAUUUGGAACUAAAAGUUGUGCUGGCAGAAAUCGCAGAUGCCAGCAGCAGAGCAGGCAGCUCAGUCCUCAGUGGACUUACCGGUAGUAGUAGGAGCCUGGCACUGCAGCCAGCCCUUGCCACUGUUGUCCCUAGCACUAAAGUGGCACGCGUAGCAGAGCGGGUGAGGACCGGGGUAACCCAAGACGUCUCCUACGUCCCCGAUCAGCCGCCCAUUGUUGACACAGCACAGUCCGCCUGUGCUGCUGUGGAGAGUGCCUCUUGUACCCGGGAGCUGUUUGCGCAGCACAGGGCACCGCCAGGCAUUCUGCACCCUGCGGAGCACAGGGCACCGCCAGGCAUUCUGCACCCUGCGGAGCACACAUGUAGUGUAGCUGCCCCUUCAGACAGUGCUCCCCCGCAGCCGGUCAGGCAUCAGGUCACAUUUGCAGCUGGCCAGCCUGCUUCUCAGUAUGUAGCGCCUCCUGCGGUACGCCAGUCAGCGCCAGGUCCAGUAACCCGCUUAAACGCGGAGGCAGCCCCAUUCAUGACUGUACCCAUGACGAGCCUCGGUGAUUCGCCAGGUGCUAGGGAGCUGCAACCCCGACAACAGCUAGAUCGUGCGUGGUCCGAGCUGGUCAUGAAUGAACAAGUGCUGCACCAGACAUUGGGUCAGGUCCCACAAGCCAAUCCGCCGACUGCGCGUGCUCCACCUGCACCACCUGACGUGGUGAAUCCGAAUAAACCCGGAAAGUUGAGAUUGGUCUUUGACGCGGCGUCAAAGACAGGUGGGAGGAGCCUUAAUGAUGCGCUGCUCUCCGGGCCAGACCUGCUCCGUCCACUGCCAACGGUUCUGUUCGGUUUCCGGGAGCGCCGUAUUGCGUUUGGUGCCGACAUUGCCGAAAUGUUCCACCAGGUUCAGAUCCGUGAAGCCGACCGAGACAGCCAACGGUUCCUGUGGCGGACCGAUCAGAGUCAACCACCUGAUGUCUUCAGGAUGAAGUCAAUGACAUUUGGCGCGACGUCGUCCCCUUCGUCGGCAAUGUUCGUUAAGAACCACAAUGCUCACAGCCACCCGCAGACGUCGCCUCGGCUACAGACUGCCAUAGUCGAGCGUCACUACAUGGACGACUACUUUGACUCAACAGACACCGUUGAAGAAGCCACCUCACUGUCUGCUGACGUCAUCCGCAUCCACAAGGACGGAGGCUUCGUCAUCCGUCAUUGGAUCAGCAACUCGCCAGCCGUUCUGGCAUCUGUACCAGAAGCGCUAAGAGCCAACACGACAACCAUUGACCUUGAUGUUGAGCAUGCCCAUGCUGUUGAGCGAACGCUUGGCCUGCGCUGGGACACAGCGACAGACACGCUACGAGUCCAGCCAGCCGCAGCAAAGAUCAACCGCCCUGGAAAGUCCAUGACCAAGCGGCAAGCUCUCAGCACAGUGAUGGCGGUGUUUGAUCCGCUCGGACUACUUGCCUGCUUCACCAUCCGAGCCCGAGUACUACUACAGGACAUCUGGCGCUCUGGUAUUGGCUGGGACGAUGAGCUGCCCACUUCUAUCAAGGGCAGGUGGGAUGAAUGGUGCCAAGACUUGCAAUCGCUUUGCAAAGUCAACAUCCCACGCUGCUACUCACUAGCUGUUGCCGACGCUACCAGUAUUGAGCUGCACACGUUCUGCGACGCGAGUGAGAAAGCUUUCGGUGCUGCCUCAUACUGGCGUUUUCAGUUGAGCAAUGGGUCCGUCGCAACAUCGUUAGUGAUGGCGAAGACCAGAGUAGCGCCACUCAAGCCACUGUCCAUCCCUAGACUCGAGCUGCAAGCUGCCGUUCUGGGCGCACGCCUAUCGUCAGCUGUUCUGCAGCAUCACAGCUUCGACUGCUGCAAGUCCGUUCUGUGGUCCGAUUCUCAGACCGCCCUGAGCUGGAUACGAGCUGAUGCCAGGUGCUACAAGCCGUUUGUGGCACACCGCGUCGGCGAGAUCAAGGAGCUCACCAACGAGUCCAACUGGCGCUGGGUACCCACUGCUGACAACGUAGCCGAUGACCUCUCCCGCGGCGUACCUGUUAUGGAAAUCGUCGAAUCGACACGUUGGCUGCAAGGGCCCGACUUUCUGCGCAACCAACCAGCUAGUUGGCCAUCCGCCGCUCCUGAAGUGGAGCCAGAGGACACGGACCCGGAGCUGAAGCGAGAGUUCUGCGGGGCCAGUGUCGCCACGACGUCCCUGCAGGAAGCGCUCCCCGAUAUCGCCAGGUUUUCGUCAUGGAUGCGUCUGGUUCGCACCACAGCCUGGGUGACCCGCUUCGUUGAGCGCCUGAAGGCUAGAGUUGCCAAGAAAGCCGUGAAUCCCAGUAGCGAACUGUUGCCAUCAGAGUUCCGACACGCCCAGCAGCUCUGGUGGGAGAACGUGCAGCAACAGUCGUUCCCUGACGGAACUCGCCGCACUGCAUCAGGGCAAGCCAGUCACCCGCAGCAGCCGCCUGGCAUCGCUGACGCUGACCCUAUUGGACAGCACCAUAGUGGUUCACGGGAGAACAGACAACACGCCUCACUUGCCUGAGUCUACAAAGCGUCCAGUGUUACUCGACCCUGACCACCGCUACACCCGAUUACUCAUCCUGCCGGUGUCGCGCAUCUGCGUGCUUGAUGUCCGUGCAUGAGUCAUGUGUUGGCUAACUGCAUCCGUUAGCAGGUGGGAGAAUGUUGUCGCCACUCACCUGUUCUGUAAUUGUUUCAAGACAGCCUCUUGAAUGAUUCUCGUUUUGACCUUACCUUGUCUGUUUAUUUAUUCAUCUUCCUCUGUCUCUGAGUCACAUUGCUGCGAGCGCGCACGUGGAGAUGCUCCAGUUUUCAGCCAUGCUAUUGUUCUACUGACGCUGAUAAUUGGAAUCAUAAUUCUCUCCUUCUGUCUAGUCGUGUUCUACUCUGCUUCUCUGUCUCUCUUCUAUUCUGUUUCUGCUUCGAACGUGUAGUUGUUUGAGCUGCUCUCAUGAUAAUUUAUUUGUAUUUUUGAAACCCUUUGUACCCGCGAUCAUGCGCUUGUACAACUGUGCUGUGCUGUAUGACUGAGCUAUGACUAUGAGUCAUGCUCGCACUAGCUAUGAUGCCUUUUGUGUCACGUGUCCGUGUAUGUCGUGGCGCAAGCGCGCUGUGCCUUUGCUGGCCCUUUUUUGCUUCCUUUUGCAGUUUUGGUUUUAGAGUUAUGCCGGUUAUGGUUGAAGUGUGUUUGCAAGGAGAAAUCCAGAACGUCUAGUAAUGGUGUGUUGUCCCAUUUGCGUUCGGAGAGUGUGCCUGUGCACGUGUAUCGGAAUUUGAAUUCUUGCCUGGAACACCGGUACCUGGCUCAACA